ACGGAAGUUUCUUUACUUUCGAAGAGGAGGUGCAAGAAAUCAGUUAAAAACUAACUUGUUACUCCAAACAUCGGGUUUAUUGUGAACACAGGGGCUAAAUGAAGAGUUUAUGUGUCAGUUGAAGCUGAAAUGUCUCAAAUUAAGGAGUACAUGGACAAAGUGAGCGCUGUUUAUGAGCGCUACACGGAGUAUGUGAGGAAGAACCCAGCUGCUACAGCACAGCUGGAGAACACGGUGCGGACCCUGUCCUACCUGAUCGCAGGACGAUUUACAGAUUCCCAUGAAUUAUCUGAACUAGUGUACUCUGCCUCCAAUCUCCUGGUGCUGUUCAAUGACAGCAUUCUGCGUAAAGGACUGAAGUGUGCCCUCCCUGAGUCUCUGUCCGAGCAGCGGCUCCUGAACUGGCUCUCUGUGCUCGAGCAUGUGGAGGUUUUCCUGGAAAUGGGAGCCUGCAAGCUGUGGGGGGAAGUCGGCCGCUGGCUGGUGAUCACACUCAUUCAUGUAUUCAAGGCAGUUUUUCGCCUUGUGCUUCUUCUGUGGUACAAGUCUGGCAUCCAGACUUCACCUCCCAUAAUCCCCCUGGACAGAGGUGCAGAGUGUGUCGGUGAAGAUGAGGCCGACGGGGAGCAGCAGGACGACGCCUGCUUUGUGGGCCAGAGGUCAGGACGAGUCAUCCGCCCUCUGGGCAGCGCGCCGACGCUGCAGACUCGGCUGUGGGGAGCUCCGAAUCAGAGGAAGAGGAGGGUCAGCUUGAGGGACAAACUCAACAGCAAACCGACACAACUGGGCCUUCAGGAGACGAUCGCUGAGUCCGUGUACAUCGGACGGCCGCUCGUUCACCUACUUUGCCUCGGACUCUGUGGGAAACAGUCCUGGAAGCCGUGGCUCAUCUCUGGAGUCCUUGAACUCUCCAGCUUCGCCGUUCUCAGUGACGCCAAAUUUCAGAAUCGGUGGGAGCGAGCCGAGAUGAGGAGGAGAAGCUUCCUGCUGCUGUACUACCUUCUGCGAUCACCGUUCUAUGACAAAUACUCUGAGUAAGUAUCAGCGUCGCAUUCAGGAGGAUGGAAAUGACCACAAAAAUACACAAACCCACCACAGAGACAGACAAAACGACUGCAGAGACGCAGUGAUGAGCACAAAUAGACACACAAUGAUUAAAAAAA